AUGGCGAAAACUUCAAGCGUAAUCGAAAAUCGUAAAGGACACACGGCAGUGUUAGUCUCUAAUAGUAAAAUAAUUAUUUAUGGAGGUUCUAGAAUUCUCAAUAACAUUAUUAAUAAUGCCCAAGUUGUUCCAGUUAUGUUUGUUUUAAAUAUGGAAACUGAGCAAUUUGAAUUGAGUGUACCACCAGUUACGUCAAAUAUUG